UCCUCUUCUCUACUCAAAUCAUCUUCCUCUUCCUUCUCCUUUUAUUCUUCGGUCUCAAGACUUUAAUCUUUACCUGAGCUUUGAACUGAAAAAAAAUAAAAAUCAAUGACCAAUCCUAGCGAAGCUUCUGCACUUAGGUUCAUCGAGAAUCAUCUAUUUGACGAGCUCUCUCCCGUGGCUUCGGAUCGAUGGAUGAUACACGAAUCAGCAGCAGCAGCGACGGAGUCUAGCUCCGAUUCUUCUCCUACGAUCAUCUUCGGAUCCCUGAUCGAGAGUGAACCCGAAAUCAUCGAUCUGUCGACGCCGAGAUUCAUAGACUUGAGUUCGAGCCAAUUUGAAUUCGAUUUUAAACCGACUAAUCAAACCGGAAAUCAAUUCGAACCGGAGAUUCAAACUCAAUCGAACCGAAAACCGCCGCUGAAGAUCUCCGUACCAGCCAAAACCGAGUGGAUUCAAUUUAAUCCCCAACCGGAAGUUACUAAACCGAUCGAGGAAGCGAAGAAGCAUUACAGAGGAGUGAGACAAAGACCGUGGGGGAAAUUCGCGGCUGAGAUUCGCGACCCGAACAAACGCGGAUCUCGCAUCUGGCUCGGGACGUUUGAUACCGCGAUCGAAGCGGCUAGAGCUUACGACCAAGCAGCGUUUAGACUUCGAGGAUCGAAGGCCAUUCUCAAUUUCCCGCUCGAGGUUGGCAAGUGGAAGUCACGCUCCGACGCCGACGGCGAGAAGAAACGAAAGAGAGACUUCGAGGAUGUGACUGUGGUAAAGAAAGUGUUGAAGACGGAACAGGACGUUAACGACAAAGAGGCUUUCCCGUUUGUGAAGUCAGACUUGACGGAGUUGUAUGACUGGGACUUGACGGGGUUUCUUAACUUUCCGAUUCUGUCGCCGUUAUCUCCUCAUCCGUCGUUUAGUUAUUCGCAGUUGACCGUUGUUUGAUUUUUUUUUUAGUGUUGGCGGUGUACGUAGGUGCAUGAGAUUAAAAAAGGAAUAUAAGUCAAUACGUAUGUUUAUAUUUUUGACUUA